AUGAUGAAGAUGGAGAAUGCAAAGGACGAGAGCGGGUUUGUGGACUCGCUUGAGAAGCUUUUGAAGCAGUGUCAAGGAACAGGAGCGCAUAUCGACGAGCUUGGAGCUUGCGUUUAUCCGCCGCAGGAGAUUAGUAAGAUGAAGCAAGCGGUGGAGGUAAUAGAGGGGAAUGUUGAUGAGUUCGAGGCUGAAGUUGAGCGUUUGCAGAGUUCUUCAGACGCGUUUUCGGGAGCUUGUGGGAAGCUGCGAAGGUCGAUCAAACACAUGGAGACUGAGUUGGAUAAAAGAUGUGAAGAUGAAGUCGUUGUUGAAAUGCAGAAUGUUACUCUUGGAAGUUAUAAAAGUUUGGAUUUUUUUGCAAUAUUUCUUUGA